ACUUGGAAUUAUUUUUUUCUACGGAACAAUCUCAUCGCAAGCAGCGAUAGAGAUAAAUAAAUACGCGCAUCUGACACGUCUUCGCACUCAUCUGCCCGAUUGUGGUCAAUAUUUGUAGAAGUAAACAUCGCGAUCAAGUGUACGCAACGUUCCCGGUACAUAGAACUCGGCACAAGACCCCUCCAUCGCAGAAGGGCUGGUUGGUUAUGAUUAUGCUCCGAACCGCCAUCGUGAACCAUUGCCGGAGCUGGUAAUCACACGUAAAAGGUGCACGGGCGUGUGAAUUUGGUCCGGUUUGUACCUCUUCUCUGACCCAUUUGCAACAACGAAACCUUGUCCGAGAUGCACAAAACGGACAAAAUGCAUACGUUUACUACGAUAACAAUUGUAUGGGUGGUGUUUGUGGCUCACACUCCCCACCACUGCCAAGCGGCGGGAGUGCCAGUGUCGGGGCCGGUGAAGUUAAUCGACGAGGAAGCGUGCUCUCAGUUAAAAACGCUCUGCCCGAAGAGUGCAUUGGCCGCCGAAGAUAUCAAAACACUGGAGUGCGUUCAGUCGCUGCAUCCGGAACAGAUCGACAGUCUCGAACCGGAGUGUCAGCAUCAGAUCUGGCUGCAUACGACCGCACUGAUGGACGAUGCCAACCUGAAACGCAUGAUCCAGAAAGGAUGUCCGAAAGACUUUAUGCAGUUCCCCUGUUCCCAGAGUCAGGAACCUGGACAGUUUUUGGCUUGCAUCAUCGACCAUCGGAACGUUGCGAAGGGCAACGGUUGCAUCAGCUACAUUAAGCGCCUGGAAUGGGUAGCCUUCUCCGAUUAUCGUUUUAUCAAGCGAUUCCUUGCGGACUGUACGCGCGACAUAGAAGCGUUGGGUUGCGGGCGUGUUGCAACUGGUAGUGAGAAAAAUGGGGAAAAAAUGUCCCAAGGUGAAACCGUCGCCUGUCUGCAGAGCUCACUGGACAGCCUGAAUGAGGAGUGCAAACGUGAGGUUCUUCAUCUGUCCGAAGUUCAAUCGGAAGACUUGUCGCUCGAUCGGCAGCUUGACGUUGCCUGUUCGAACGAUGUGUUCCGCUUCUGCCAAUCGCUUCCUUCGGGAUCGCCGCAGCUACUGAAAUGUCUAAUGAAGCACCGCAACGAUCCGGAUAUGUCGAAAAACUGCCAGCAACAGCUGUUGCGCCACGAUCGGCUCGUGGUACACGAUUACAAAGUAUCGCGCGGUCUUACCAGGGCCUGCAAGGAAGACAUAAAAACAUACCGAUGUCGGCGAGGUGUCUCCGAUGACAAGGACGUACGGUUGGCACAGAUCCUGCUGUGCCUCGAAGCGGUACAAAAGAACAGCACCAAACUGAUGCCUGAGUGUGUGGCCGAAAUAAACGACCAUCGAAGAAUGCUGCUAACGGACUACAAACUGUCGCCCGAAAUUUUGACCGGAUGUGAAAAUGAUAUUGAAAGGUUUUGCAGCAAUCUGGACGCGGGCGGAAAAACGAUCCACUGUCUCAUGGAGCACGCCCGGUUGAAGAGAAAAAAGGAUCGUCGUGUCACCGACAUCUGCCUGCGAGCGCUGGAAACGCUGGUGAAGGUGACGGAUGUAGGGGAGGAUUGGCGCGUGGAUCCGGUACUGCGGAAGGCCUGCAAGCCCGUCGUGGAUGUGGCUUGUUCCGACACGGAUGGAGGCGAUGCACGGGUAAUGUCUUGCCUGAUGGAGAAACUCGGCACAAACUACAUGAACGUGGAGUGUGAAUCGGCACUGUUGCAGAUUCAGUACUUUGUGGCUAGAGAUUUCAAAUUAGAUCCGCAGCUUUACCGCAACUGUAAGGAUGAUGCUAUCCGGUUCUGUAAAGCGAAAAAGACCUGGGCCGAUCUGGACACGGCACAAAUGGACCCGGAACGGGGUCCUCUCAUAUUGCCCUGUCUGCACCGGUACGCUUACCCGGAAAGGGAGGAAAUGCGCCUUAAGCCGGAGUGUCUACAGGAGGUUAAGCGUGUGAUGCGCCAGCGGGCUAAAGCCGUCGAUCUAAUACCGGAAGUGGAGGAUCAAUGUUUGGACGAUCUCGCAUACUUUUGCUCCGAUAAAACGGGCAAAGGGGAAGAGAUGCAGUGCCUGCAGGAUAAUCUCGAGAAGCUACAGGAAGCGUGCAAAACGGCCGUAUCCCAGUACACGGAAGAAGAAGCAGCGCACGUUGAGCUGAACCCAAUCAUUAUGUCCGUGUGUGCCGAUGCGAUGGAAAAACAUUGUGCGAGCGUACUGAAAACUGGUCGCGACGAGGGCGAAAUGAUGGAAUGUCUGAUCGGGGCGAAGAACUUGCCGGACAUGCGCGAGGACGUGAAAUGCCGGGCGGCGGUCGAACAUUUUCAAAUUAUCUCGCUGAAAAGCUUCCAUUUUACGUACAAAUUUAAGGAAGCCUGUCGGCUGCACGUGUCCCGCUUUUGCAGCAAAUGCACGACCAAGUACGAGGUAGUAGCGUGCCUGAGCGAGGUGAUGCGCAACGAUACGAUCAAGGAAGCGAAACAUUCCAUCCCGAAAGAGUGCCGGCAGCAGGUGCGUGCGCAACUGUACCAGCAGCGUGAAAACAUCGACUUUGAUCCGAAGCUGAAGGCCGCCUGCAAGGAGGACAUUGUGCGGCACUGUCCACAGAUACCGCACGGAUCGGGACAGGUGAAUACGAACAAUGUACUGGAAUGUUUGCAAACUCACCACGGCGAUCUAACGGAAUCGUGCCAUCAUCAGCUAUUUUCGAUUAAAAAAUCCGAACUGACGGACAGUGCGACCGAUUACACACUGCUCAACACCUGCAAGGGCAUGAUACGUCAGUACUGCCAUGAUACCGAACCCUCCAAAAUGCUGCACUGUUUAAAGCUCCACAAGGAUGAAUCGUUGUUUGACGAUCGGUGCCAUCUGGUGGUGGUGAAUCGGAUGAUUGAGCAGAAUCUGGACUAUCGGUUCAAUCCCGCACUGCAGGCAGCGUGCUCGAAAAACAUUGCAGAAUACUGCACACCCAUUAUACGCAAUGCCAAGCAGAACGAGGAACUGAAUGGAAAGGUGAUCGACUGUCUGAAGAUUCGGUUCCGGGAGGGGAAACUGUUGCCGGAGUGUGAGAAACAGAUGACGGAGGUGUUGCACGAGCGGGCCUUAAAUUACAAGCUAAAUCCACUGCUCCAGAGCGUCUGUCACGAUGAGAUUCUGGUGCUGUGCAAGUCCGUGUCCGAGACGGACACGAACGAGGACCAUGGAGCGGUCGAGGAGUGUCUGAAGCAGGCUUUCAUCGAUAAGAAAUUGAUUAACCGAGCGUGCAAAGUGGAGGUGGCCGAGUUAAUUCAGGAGGGCAAAGCGGACAUUUACGCCGAUCCGCUGCUGCAGCGAGCUUGUUCGGUGGAUUUACUGAAAUACUGUUCCCACAUUCAAAGUGGCAACGGACGCUUGCUCAAAUGCCUGGAAGGAAUUCUGCAGGGCGAAAGUAAAGCACUGGAGGAUGACUGCAAGAACAAGCUACUGAUCCGAUUGGAAAUGUUCCAAAAUGCAGCCGCCUUUGUUCCACCGGCGGAAAGUUUCCAUCAACUGUACGACCAAGUGGUUGCAUCGCCUUCAAAACACUACUUUUUGCUCGUACUGUGUAGCUUCAUCGGCAUCAUCUUUAUCAUCGGACUGCUGUGCGGUCGCGUAACGCACCGUACAAUGGCACUGAAAAACAAGUAGUUAGCCGGUGCUUGGCAGGAUGAAUGAUUCAGUUUCCAUUUCAAAUUAAUGACUGUGUUAUUACUUAUGUGUUAAAGCGAGGAUGGACCAUGGUCGUGCGGAGCGAUAAACGCAAAUUGGGUGCGUCUACGCUCUGAUGCAAUGCAUGGCACUUUCCCGCUUUCCGUUUCGCAGGCUUGUCUAAAACCAAGCACAGUGCAGCUAUUAAAAAGUGUUGGCCCCCGUUAACUAGUGCACGUGAUGAAACAUUUUCUACGGUCCGAGGCCGACAAUGGGCGCAGGCAAUCGUUGCAGCAGGCUAAAUGUAUUAUAUUAGUUAGCAUAUUUGUAGAAGAGGCAGGUUGUUCGAUUGGAAAAGACGCAGCGUAAAAAGGACAAGAAGUAAGACACAUCUUAUACAUAGAGUUAGAGGCAUCGUAACAGGUAGCGCAUUGUAGAAAAGACUUUUUAUAUCUUAUACCUUCCGACAGUGAAAAUGAAAACAGCUAAACCCCGUCGUUUUGGAAAGAUGGCAGACAUUUACUUCAUACAAACAACCACAACACACACCAUGUACGGUGGGCAUGCAUUCGGAUGUGUCAAUAAAAUAGUC